AUGCGUACGACAGCAUCUCAGUUCGGUUUGAAGCCCUCCCGUGAACGCAACUACACGACAACGCCCUCUCCCCUUCGCACCUUUGAGCGCCAGGGCGACCCCGAGAACGACCCCCAGGGAAAUUUACUCUCCUACGGGCACCAUACCCCUUCCGUGGCCAACAUGGUGCUAGGAAAAUUUCAAACAAAUGCCCUCCAAGGGCUGUGCACCGAAGAGCAACUCGACCUUCUCAAUUCCAUUGACACCCUUCGUUCCCAGGGUAUCAGUCACUACAUUUCUUUACCACAGAUAAUCGUCUGUGGAGAUCAGUCGUCAGGAAAGAGCUCGGUAUUAGAGGCAAUCUCAGGUGUCUCAUUUCCAGUGAAGAGCAGUUUAUGUACAAGGUUUCCCACAGAGCUGGUACUCAGAAAGAGUGUUCAAGUAGGGGUACGUGUUUCAAUCGUACCUCAUCACUCUCGCAGUGAUGUCGAACGAGAUUCCCUUGGUAGUUUCUGUGAGCAGCUAGACGAUUUUGAAGGACUCCCGGCUCUUAUCGACAACGCGAAAGCGGCAAUGGGAAUAACAGCAUAUGGUAAAGCGUUUUCGAAUGACCUCCUUCGAGUGGAGGUAUCAGGCCCGGACCGUCCUCAUUUAACUAUCGUCGACCUUCCAGGUCUCAUACACUCCGAAACUAAACAGCAAUCAGCUUCUGACGUCCAGCUCGUGCAAGACGUUGUUCGGACCUAUAUGAAUGAGCCGCGGAGUAUCAUCCUCGCUGUUAUAUCCGCUAAGAAUGAUUUUGCCAACCAAAUCGUGCUGAAGCUGGCUCGGGAUGCCGAUGAAUCUGGAAAUCGAACAUUGGGAGUCAUCACCAAGCCAGAUACGCUUGUUCCAGGGUCGGAGAGCGAGUCCAUGUUUCUUUCACUGGCAAAAAACCAGGAUGUCGAGUUUCGCCUGGGAUGGCAUGUCCUCAAAAACAUGGAUACUGAAAAGGGAGACUGGACACUGGCCGAUAGAGACCAAGAAGAGAUGCUAUUUUUCUCCGCAGGCGCCUGGGAGGACCUUCCAAGGUCCCUAGUAGGUAUCGAUGGUCUUCGCUCACGACUAAGCAAAGUGCUUCUCGGACAAAUUACCACAGAGCUGCCAAGUCUGAUUGAUGAAAUCAGAGGGAAGGCCAACAGUUGCAGAUCUGAGAUUAUGAAACUUGGGAAGCCUCGGACAUCUCUCGACGAACAAAGGUCCUACCUCGUACAAAUCAGCCAGUCGUUUCAGAGCUUGGUCAAAGCCGCUGUAGACGGCACUUAUAAUGACCCUUUCUUCGGACAUGUGCACGCUGAGAAUGGUUUGGAAAAGCGACUACGUGCGGUAGUUCAAAACCUUAAUGAAGAAUUUACCGAGCGUAUUAGCCUCAGAGGUCAUUACCGCCGGCUAUGUGAGAAAGGGGUUACCAAGCAACAGCACAACGGCCAGAUUCGCACAACACGGGCGGAAUUUACCGCCUAUAUUGGGACUCUUCUAAGAAAAACUAGGGGCCGUGAGCUGCCGGGCACAUUCAACCCUAUGAUUGUCCGUGACCUCUUUUUGGAACAAUGUGGUCCCUGGGAAAAGCUCACCAGAAGUCAUAUCAAAAAAGUAUGGUCAUCCGCAAGAGAUUUCAUAGUCCUUGCUGUUCGCCACGUCGCAGAUGAGGCCACUUUCACUGCGCUGGUCGAUGAGAUCAUUUUUCCUAUUUUUGAUUCUGUCUUGCAGGACAUGGAGCAAAAGACUUCUGAGUUACUGGCACCGCACAAGACGGGCCAUCCAAUCACGUACAACCAUUAUUUUACCGAGAAUCUGCAAAAGAUUCGUGCAGAGCGCCGUGAAGGCGAAAUUGGUAGCAUUAUGAAGCGAUUUUUUGGUGUAGCUGAUCUUCACGAGCCCUACUUCACGGAUAGGUCUAUUGAUCUCAACCAACUUCUGCAAUCCCUUCUGCGGCAAUCAGAACCAGAUAUGAUCAACUUUGCUUCAGCAGAGGCGUUGGACUGUAUGCUGGCGUACUACAAGGUUACUUUAUAUUUUCUCAAUGAUGCUUCUCUGCGUUUACUAAUAUGGUCCCAGGUUGCUUUAAAACGUUUUGUUGAUGACAUUGCAAAUGAAGCUGUGGAAUCGAAAUUAAUGCUGGCCUUGCUCGAUAUUUUCUCUCCAGUAGUUGUGGUUAACAUGCACGGCAAAAUGGUAACGCAGAUCGCUGGCGAGUCUGAAGAAAAUAGGUCUCUUCGCGACCAACUUGACAGGAAAUUGCAGGUCCUUACUCGCGGAUUUGAAACCUGCCAGCAGUUUGUGGGUGUUCGGGGUUAUGAAGCAAGGACCUUCGGUAUCUCCGGUCAGCCCACAAGCACAUUCCACGGUGUGGAAGUAGAACUCGAGGAUGACAUGCAAUCUAUCGCGGAAUCUUCUAACCAUUCUCAAGAGACAGAACACAUAUGUGCGCAGGCGGAGCCUAUUGAUAUUAUGGGUAAAGCAAAGAAGACAAAGAAAAAUUCCCGCAAGGACCAAUACAUUGCUAAGCCUGAGCAUCACCAUGGCAUGCAGGGUCAAGGGAACCAAGCGCCAGAGGAAUCAGAACAAGACGAUCAUGAAAUGGAGUGGGAUGAGCUAAAGCAGAAUGACUCCGAUUUCGCAAACACCGAUGACGAAAGUUCGAAGCCACGAAAACGACGCCAUCGAAAGCAAAGGGUCGACGCUUGGGCACAACCAAUCAUCCAGGAUUUUGUGAUAAGCAAAGGUCAGGAGAUUAAGGAUGCCUUACAGUCAAUAGAUCCCGACCUGUUAAAGGUCGAGAGCAUCUUCAAAGACGCCAAUAAGACAAUCCAAAAUGCCUAUAGAGACCGUGGCAUUUCUUCGAAGGAUAAGCUUCUGCCGGAGAAGAGGUAUCAGAUUGAAUAUAGUUCGUGGUCCGCGUACGUCAAGUUCAACCUGGCCAAAAACGACCCGAAGAAGGGAUGGGAAGCAUUUGACCGGAUGUGUCAAGCUAUCCGUCUGAUCAACCGUGAACAUGGGCUGCCGGAGGAUUGGAAUUUCUCGCCAGACACUGCGACUAAAGAGUGUGGAGAUCGACCGGCCGAUAUGGAAGAGGCUCCCGAUGUUAGCGAUGCAGAUUCAGCUGUGUCGUACGACGAAGUCUCUGAGUCGGAGGAGUCGGAUCUUGAUGAACUCGGAGGAAUUGACGGAUUGGAGUCCAGGAUGCGCAAGGAAUAUAGCGCUCUGUCACGCGGCAAGGUCCUAUAUUGGUGGCCUAUCGGCACAGGAACCCAAAUCUUCGUUCGAUACGGUUCUAAAAAGAAACCAAUCUAUCGAGUCCGCGCGGGGUCGUCUGAGCCAUAUGACCCGCAGAGGGCCGAACUGGUCCUGUCUACCACCCGUGGGAAUACCAAGGUACCGGGCGAAAAGAACGGGACCCCUCAAGAGGUAUGGGCAUACAGUCGCAAUGACGUGGCCGAUAUCAUCGGGGUUGGAUGGAAAGUGGAGGAUGACGACGAGGCGAAUAUAAAUGCUCUGGCACUUAUUCGGCCCCAGCGCUACGCAGUCUAUCCUCACACCAGGGCCUUGGUGAGAUGGAAAGAUGAUAAUGUCACAUUGGAGCGUCGCGGAUUUAUUCGACGGAUCGCCAACGGCAACAGUUUCAAUGGUGAUCGGAUGGUCUAUCUGAAAGCCAAAGAGCUAGAGAACGCUUUUUGGGGGUAUGAUGUCGAGGAAUACUGGGACCAGAUCAGUUCCGACGACACCGAUGAUAGCUCGUCGAAAGAGACUCCAAGACGCCGAACCCGUACUCCCCAGCGGAGAAAACCUUUCGGCAGACACAGACGUGGCAGUCGGCCGGCAGACGUGGAACGAACGGACAGCGAUACGGACUCUGAGUCGUCUGUAUCAAGUCUCGACUAUCCACGAAGACGUCACAGGAGGAAAGAAUCCCAACCAUCAAAGAGCACACCAGAUGCGGAAAUACGUUCCUUGAAGAAGAAGCUCGAGCAACUCAAGGUCCAACAGCGGAACAAGGACCGCAAGAAACAAAAUCUCUCACGCAGUCGGCAUAGUAAGAGAGCCCGCUAA